AUGAAGUCAGGAUCAUCAUCAAGUCCAAGACUACAUCUUGCUGUAUUGGCAUUGUUUGUUGCUUCAUUGUCUUUGACUUUGGCACAGACUUGCUCGAUAUCACCUACUUGGAGAGAUCCGGCACCUAGUCCAAAUGGUCCAGUGUCCCCACCAAUCAUCACGGCCACACCAGCCAAGACUUUGACAUUCAACACACCUGCUCAAUGGCAAUCAUGGUCGGAGUAUGGUAGUGCAGGUACAUUUACUACCGCCACUGGCACUUCAAAUGGUGUCUCUGUAGCUGGUACCAUCAACUUCACCACGUAUGACUGGUACCCUGCUGAUGAGUACUUGGUUCAGCACGAUACCGUCCCCUACAUCAAGGCGGGCCUUGAGCACACCUUCAACUUCACCUUCCUCAGUGGCCAAGUAGCCCAAUAUGGCAACACCAUUGUCAACGUCACAUUCAUGCUCCUGCCCGUCUUUGACACAAAUGUCCCUGCCGACUCCCGUUACACCACUGGCUUCACAUCUGUCAUCUACCAACACACAUUCACUGGUACGUUUGGUCAGACUACUCAAUGGAUGGCACUCAGCCACAAGUUCACACCCGUCUCAGACAUUGCCGCAUCUGUCUUGGUCGUGCGUUUGAUCUUCACUGACAAAGUCACCAAGUUCAACUGGUUCAUCAAGUCUUCAUCGAUCUCCUACCCACCAUACCCCAUCACGAUCUCACCAUUGCUCCCAUCAUACAGUGAGUUGGUGACCAUCCCAAAUCAGCCAACAACUACUGUGCCACAGAGCCUCAGCUCAUGUCCACAUAAUCAGACAGGAUUACAACAUUGGCACAACCCAGCAAUCUGGCCUACUGGAGUCAUGCCAUCCCCAGCAGGCACGAUCACACUCCCAGCCAACACCAAGGUGUUGAUCUCAUCAUGUUCAAUCAACUCCAAUGUGAUCUACUCAAAGAUUGUGAUCCCAGCAACAAGUCAAUUGAUCUUCUCUGAUGCCAACAUCACUGUGAGAGUGAAGGACAUUGUUGUUCAAGGUCAACUCUGGAUUGGAAGUUCAACAUGUCGAAUGAAUGGCAACAUCACGUUGAUCUUCCAUGGAACCAAGUCCACUGCCAACACACUUGGCACCAAUGUUGGAACCAAGGGUAUCUAUGUGCCCACUGGUGGAUUCGCAAGCAUUCAUGGCAAGCAAUACACACCAACAUGGUCACGUCUGGCACAGACUGCAUUCCCAGGCGACUAUGUCAUCGCACUUCAGAGCGCAGUCAACUGGGAGGUUGGUCAAAAGGUUGUGAUAACAACUUCUCGUAUCGAGGAUGACUUCACAUUGGAGAAUGAGGUGUUGACCAUCGCUGCCAUCAAUGGUCGCGUUAUCCAGUUCACCACACCACUCAAGUUCUAUCAUUAUGCUGGAUUGGAGUAUCAAGUUGAGGUUGGUCUGUUGUCUCGUCGCAUCAAUCUUCAGAGUCAUGCACCAGACACAACUGGCAGCUUUGGUGGACAUGUGUUGAUCACUGGUGAGGCUCAACUUGCUGGUGUUGCAGGCACUCGCAUGGGACAACAGAACAUCAUUGGACGUUAUCCAUUCCAUUUCCACAUGGCCAAGACUGUGAAGAAGUCAUACAUCACUGAUUGUGCUGUGGUCAGCUCAUUCUAUCGUUGUUACACCAUCCACGCCACCAACAAUCUCACCGUCUCAAACAAUGUUGCCUAUGAUGCAUCUGGUCAUUGUUACUACAUUGAGGAUGGUGUUGAAGAGAACAACACACUCAGCUACAACUUGGCCGCCUUCAUCCACUACAUUUUGGUGCCUGCCAAUGGUUAUGGUCAAGGUGGUGACUACUAUGCCGCCAAUGCUUCGCUUGCCCAGCCAGCAGAUAUCACAGCCAGUGGCUUCUACAUCACCAACUGUUACAACACAUUCAUUGGCAAUGCUGCCUCUGGUGGAUGGGGUGGCUUCAGCAUCCCCAAUUUGAUCAAGCCCAUUGGACCCAGCAGGACCGUGGACAUCGUACCCCAACAGCGUCCAUUCAUCAAGUUCGAAGGCAAUACAGCACACUCCACUGGCUACUAUUGGGCCUUUGGCUCGUGCAUCUAUGUUGGUGGUCGUUUGUGGGAGGACCCUGAUCAGGCCAACCAACUCCAGUACAUCUCUGGAAGGAAUGAGCGUGACACAUGGGACGUGUACGGAACUGGCGACGCUACCUACCUUCGCUUCAACAACACCAAGGCAUUCUUGACCACUGGUCAGGCCAUCUCUCACUGGGGCACUCGUGUCGAGGUCACUGCCUACGAGGGACAUGAUGUUGGACGUGCUGGAUCACUCUUUGGCCAGGCUUGGCUUAACAAUGCAAUCGUCAAUGGCAUGUCAGGCAACCCAUUCGCUCAAGGUCCUGGAUACCAUCGUCAGGGCUUCAUGAUGUACGACACCCUGGUGCAGACCAUCUUGACCAACAUUAACUUUAGGAACUACAUCCACAACCCAACGGUCGACUCGAUUGACCAGGACAAUGUGGUUUUCAUCUCGCUCACUCACUCUGAUAUCUACAAGCCACAGGGCAUCUCUGCCACUCGCAAUAUCACCUACACCAACAUCAACGCCGCACAGAUCCUUGGCCACUACGUCGCCGACACUGGCUCAUCGCGCUUCUUCAACUACAUCGACUGGGAUGGCAGCACAACGCUCAACUACCCCAACAAGACACUGGUUGGCUCGCACUCCAACUGGUGGAACCACGAUGAGAACUGCUCAUUCAAUCGCUUUGGACUUGGAGUCUGGAUCUGCUCGCCCAAGCGACAAGAGGUCGAGGUGGCUGCCCUCGACGUGCUCAUUGACGGUCUGCUCAACUUCAACGACACUCUCGAAGAUGGCUACCCUCCCGAGAACUACAUUGGCACGUACUACCUGUUUGGUCGCGGCAUCACUGAUCGUCGCUCAAUGCCCGCCACACAGAACCCUGGCAUCACUGGAAUCUCCAACAUGGGCUGGUACCUCUAUGUCAAGCAGGGAUCACCCGUGACACACAAGAUCAAUGUGUUCCAGGUACCACACGGACACUGGGUGCUCUACUCCAUGUCGUUCCCUGCCGGAACCACCUUCUCGAUCACCACCACUCAUCCAUGGAAUGUCGAUGGCAACCGCACUGUCACAGUCGUGACCUCGCUCGACCAGGUGAUCAAUGGUGAUGGCACCAAGUACUACUUUGAUCAGACUCAUCUGUUUGUCAAGAUCGUCGACUUUGCCGUCACAGACCCUGCCAGCAACGAGUUCACUCGCUCUGGUGUCACUGUGUAUGACACCCCAAUGCCCUACAUCUGGUUCGACCAGCUCACCUACCACUUCACCGCCAACUGUCCUGCAUCAUCCAUCGUCAACUACCCCUAUGGCCAGUUCUGCCAAGUCUCUGAUGUGUUGCCAUACUACUAA